AAAAAGAGAGCAAUGGAGCUUGAGAGAAUCAUUCGAGAUACACUGAUCGGCUUUGCCCAAACUCAUGUCCCAGGUGCUGAUCUCAGUGGCUUGGAUGAAGUUGUCUUCUCCUACAUAACUGGGGUCCUAGAGGACCUGGGUUCUCCAGGGGCAUCAGAUGAGAGCUUUGACAUGGAAGCUUUUGCAGAAAUGAUGGAUGCCUAUGUGCCUGGUUUUGCCAAGAUCCCCAGUGGGACAGUUUGUGACAUGAUGUUCGACCUCUCAAGCCAGCUCAGUGAUGCCCGGAACAAAGAGAAUGUGUGUCCUGAAAGCCAAGAGGACAAUGGUCCUGCUUCUCCAGAACUUCUCCAGAGCCUGGAGGAAGGUACCCAAGAGAUCAGGAAGUCUCAAGCACAUACCUCUACCCCACUCCUGGGGGGAGGCACAAAGACUGAGGAAGUUUCUGAGACUGAUGAGCUCCAGGCUGGGAUACAGCUGCUUCUGGAAAUGUUUCCAUCCUGCACACUGGGGAGAGCACAGCGGGCAUUGGCUAUGGCUCGGGGGGACCUGGAAGAAGCUGUUCACAUCAUGGUAGAGGAGAAAGUGGAACCCCAAGCCUUAGGCAACAAUUCAAAGGACACGCCAAGGUCACAGGGUGCCCCCAAGAAGGAAGAACUGAAAUCCUUCAUUCUACAAAAGUACAUGAUGGUGGAUAGUGAAGAAGAUCAGAAAACUCAUCGGCCUGUGGCCCCAAAGGAGGCUCCUAAGAAGCUGAUCCGAUAUAUUGACAACCAGGUGGUGAGUACCAAGGGUGAACGUUACAAGGACAUUCGGAAGCCAGAACCUGAAGGGAUGAAGUCCACUUACAUCAGCCUCAAACCAGCCCGGAAAUACAAGUUCCACUGAGUGUCUCCACCCUGGGGAAACUGAGGACUGUGGGCCAGGAGAGUCUGAAGGAUUUCGGGAUUAAUGGUCCCAAAAGCCAAAAUGAAAUGGCUGGGCUAAUCUGUCACCAGGGUCUUUUUGGCUGGGGGUUUGUGAAGCCUGUUCUUCUGAAGCCGAGCUUAGUUUCAAAGUCUCUCCUGAAGCUUCUUCAUUUGAGUAAAGUGGUAGGAGUGAA